AUGGCUGCUGCAGCAGUGUCAGCAUCGUCCACUUCUUCUCAGGGUGAAGCGAGCAGCGCUGAACAGAUGGGCACCAGUUCACCAGCACCUUCCCAGGUCGCCAGCCCAGUGCGACAGAGCCUGCUGCUGCGUGGAAGGAAGAGCGGCUACUCUUGCCCAGCAACAUCUCCGGAGGUGAAAGCUCAAACAACUGAAGAGAUGCGGACGCCUGAUCGCCGGAAAACUGCUGUGGGGGCGAAGGAAACGCCGAAGAAGCGUGCGGCCCCGAAGAAGCGAGAUGAUGCCGAGAACUUGUGCAGGAAAUUGUGCCGCGGCUGUCACAGCCUUGGCCAAGAAGGCAAUGGAGCAGACGCAUUGUGA